AUGUCCCCUGCACCAGCAUCUGUUCUGCGGGACACCCCUCCGGACGGGGGCUGGGGCUGGGCUGUGGUGUUUGGGGCCUUCAUCUCUAUCGGCUUCUCGUAUGCCUUCCCCAAAGCCCUCACGGUCUUCUUCAAAGACAUCCAGCUGAUCUUCGGUGCCUCCUACAGCCAGAUUGCAUGGAUUUCUUCCAUCAUGCUUGCAGCAAUGUAUGCCGGUGGACCUAUCAGCAGUAUUCUGGUCAAUCGCUAUGGAAGCCGGCCUGUGGUCAUAGCUGGUGGAGUGAUGUGUGGCGUUGGUAUGGUUUCUGCUUCUUUUGGCAAUACCAUUACGCAUUUGUACAUAUGCGUAGGAGUCAUUGGAGGAUUUGGUCUCUCUUUUAACCUCCAGCCAUCCGUCACCAUCAUUGGGAAGUACUUCCAAGUCAAGAGGCCGUUAGCCAAUGGGUUGGCCAUGGCAGGAAGUCCAGUCUUCCUCUGUACCUUAGCACCUAUCAACCAGUUCCUGUUUAACCAAUUUGGCUGGAGGGGCAGUUUCUUCAUCCUGGGAGCUCUGCUGCUCAACUGCUGUGUUGCCGGCUCUCUCAUGAGGCCCAUUGGUCCAAAGCCAACUGGAGACCAACUCACGCAGACAAACGGAACCCCAAAGAAACCUACCACUGACCGGUCUGAGGCCCAGGUGAAUGGACACAACACACAGUUGGAGAAAGGCUGUUUGGACAACUUCAACAAGUUACUGGACCUCUCGCUCUUCAAACACAGGGGCUUUCUGAUCUACAUCGUAGGGAACGCGGUGAUGUUCUUUGGUUUCUUCGCCCCUGUAGUGUUCCUGGCCCCUUACGCCCUGAGCCAUGGCUUCGACGAGUAUUCCUCCGCCUUCCUCUUGUCCAUCAUGGGCUUCGUAGACAUGUUUGCCAGGCCGUUGACAGGGCUGAUGGCUAACACUAAAUGGAUCAGGCCCAGGAUACAGUACUUCUUCAGCUUUGCCAUCAUCUAUAAUGGUUUAUGCCACCUGCUGUGUCCCUUGGCCAGUGGGUACGGGGGGCUGGCGGCCUACUCAGUGUUCUUUGGCAUAGCAUUUGGAAUGGUGUGUGCCCUGCUGUUUGAGACGCUCAUGGACCUGGUGGGGCCUCAGCGGUUCUCCAGUGCAGUGGGACUGGCCACCAUCAUAGAGUGCUGCCCCGUGCUCCUGGGACCACCUAUUGGAGGAGCCUUGGUGGACACCUUUGGUGACUACACGUACCUGUACCUCAUGUGUGGAGCGGUGAUGGUGUUCGCAGGACUCUUCCUCUUUGUUAUGAACGUCUACAACUACAGGAUGCUGGAGCGGGAGAGGCGGCAGGAGGAGGGACAGGUAGAGGAGGGCUGUGAGAGCCAGGACCAGGAGCAGGGGCUGGGGCUGAGGGAGAGGGGAGAGCCCUCCUCAGAGGAGCAAGGAGAGGCAGGGAAGGAGGCUAAGAAGCAACAAAUCCCCUAG